UAACCAAGUCGCGGAAGUGGCUGAAUGGUGAAACGUCACCAGUAGUUAUUAGUUUCAAACUAUCAGAAAAUUGACGUAUAAAACUGAGUAAUUCAUCAUUAUAGCAUGCUAAAAAACUUCUUCUAAGUGUAUUGACAAACUAUUUAAAGUAUGUUUAAGAACUGGGGAGCCUGGCUUGGAAUAGAAAACGAAAAUGGCCACGUUAAACAAGAAGGCGAGUCUAUUGUUGAUGUUAGUGAAGAGAAGAAUCAUGACAUAGUUAAAAUAGCUGCUGUUGCUGAAAGUGAGCAGACCAGUGCUGUUGAGGAACAUGCUCAACCGCCUCAACUCCAAAAAGCUAAGGGCUUCAGUGGUUACGUUUAUAAAUUCGCCAGCAGUGCCUCAAAGAAACUGUCCGAGUCUGUCGUUGAAACUGCACAAACCCUAAAAAAAAGUGUGGAGGAGGGGACGAUAAAUGGAAUUAUUGACAAGACCAUUUUGGGUGAUUUCCAGAAAGAACAAGAAAGAUUUGUUCAGGAGAAAAAAGCAAGAAAGUCUGGUGCUGCUGUGCCACCAUGGGUUGGUUAUAAUGAAGAGGACACCAUACAGCAACAGAUUUUAGCUCUGUCAGCUGAUAAAAGAAAUUUUUUGCGAGAUCCUCCUGCUGGGGUGCAAUUUCACUUUGAGUUUGAGCAAAUGUAUCCAGUCGCCAUGGUGAUGUUGGAGGAAGAUGAGCUCCUUCGGAAGAUGCGCUUCCAUCUGGUCCCCAAACAGGUGAAAGAGGAAGUCUUCUGGAAGAAUUACUUCUACCGUGUGUCCUUAAUAAAACAGUCAGCUCAGCUCACAGCUCUAGCAGCACAACAGGCUGCUGAGCGGAGAGACAUGGAGAAAACUGGCACCAAUCCUGAGGCUGUUCAUCAAAAGGAUGUAGUUAAACGGAAAACUUCACCUCCCAUCCGCAGUACCAAACCAAAGUCAAGUGAGGAUGAAGAGGAGAUCUCCACCAGCCCGCCUGUGUCUGAAUUUGUGAGUGAUGCUUUUGACUCAUGCAAGAUAAAUGAGGACGACCUACGCAAAGAAAUGGAACAGCUGGUCCUGGACAAGAGGGAACAUCCAAACGCACAACAGGAGGAGACUGCUGACUGGGAGAGAGAGCUGCAGGAGGAACUUCAGGAGUACGACAUGCUGGCUGAUGAUAAUGAGAGCCGUGAUGACAACUGGGACAGGGAGAUUGAAGAGAUGCUAAAGGAGGACAGUUAGAGCACUUACACUCCUCCAGCCUCAACAGUUUGAAGGACACCUUUUAAGGUCAGAAACAGCACAUGACUACAGAUUUAAUGCUCCCAGUGGAAUGAUUCAUUAUAAUAUUGGUCCUCAAGAACUCUCAAGACAUACCACUGAACAACAUUAACAUUUCAGUGUGUACUAUUCCUAUGGCCUGAAUAGUUUUAUGAGUAAAUAUUUAGUAUUGUCUUCUGCAGUUAAAAGAAAAGGAGAUAUUGUCCUGCAUCUCAAGUUCAUAAUGUGAUACUGAGGCACGCCUCCACAAAAAAUAGAAAAUCUGCCUCAGACUCGGGAAUUAAAACGAGACUAUGUAACUUUAGUGGAGAAGAGUUCACUUCUAGAGGAUUUCAUGUGACCAGUAAAGUAUAUUUUUGAACAAAGUUUAUCCUAUGACUGAGCCAACUUUUUUUUUUUUUUUAUAUAAAUGGAAAUGAUGCUGUGUUUGGUAAUAAUAUGUGAUAGCCAAUUUUAAUACUUUUUAAAAUCUGUUAACAGUGCAUUACAGUAAUGAAUGUAAUACACAGUGUAUGUCAUACCUGUAAUGGACUGGGGCCCUGUGUAUUCUAUCAAAAUGAUAAAAUGGAUGACUGAACAUAUAUUUUUUGUGAUGAAAUGCAUUGUCUCCACAUGCACACAUAUACUGUAGAUGCUGAUAUAAUGUACUUUGUGGAGACAUGCCAGUCCAAACAAGCUUUGUCAACCAGAAUUGAUUCAGGAAAAUAGACCCAAAAUCCAUUGUCUUUUGUGUUUAUACUUACUGUAUAUGCAAACUUCAGUGUAGUGUUACAUUUUUAUUAAACCUUAACAUUUAUUACUA